AUGAUUUCCCCUUUGACCGAAACGAAGAAAUACAAGAACAAUUCACUUUCCGAACGUCCUUCAAUUCCUAGGGCUCUUCCUGAAAUUCUUCAUUUCAAGUGUGUUGCGGUGCUGACACGCUUCACAGUCAAUAAUGCCUCCACACCUCCUCAGUCCAUCCCUGCGACGCGUGCACACACCCUCUACCUCGACCGUCCAUCCCUUACACCAUCCUUACACGCGCUGCUUGACCCACUUCUGCUCACGACAAGAUCUACGACGAAGAAAUACCGCCAGGAGCUGCCCAAGAUCCUGAUGAACGGUGGUGGCAUGGGGGAAAUGGAGGAAACGAUGAUGUGGUACGCCGUGUCCCAUGAAAAGGCCGAGGAGGAGGACUGGACAUGGACCACCCCCAGCACCUGUGGAAUCGCCAAAGAAACGCAAGCAGUCUGUUCGUCUACAGCCAGCUGUCCCUGUUCUCACCUUGGAAGUCCAUCUGAAAGCCUUCAUGGGCAAAUUGCCGCUGUGGCAGUUAGUUGUCAGCUUUGGCUUGUCAAGCAAGUUGCGCCAUACAACGGACGAACGCGACGGAUGCAAAUAUUCCGCCAAGACGUUAUCGAACCUCAGUACAAGGCGGUACUACCAAACCAAUGUGUCACCUCCCCAGUUACCGAACGAUCCAUCUACCUUGAGACCGCUGACCGUCCUGCGUCCUAUCUAGCAUUCCCCGUCACUUUCCACGGCCUCAGGCCGCAGUAA